UCAAGGUCAAAGAGUUUAAGUGGAGUGAGGUAUAUAUACCAGCGCAGUUCAGUUACGCGUAGUAGCCGCAGUGCUAGGGGUGAUCUGUGUACAAAAUUUUAAGUAGUUGUAUUACUCGGUCAUAGUAUUAACAGUGAAAUUGUGCUCGUGUAUGAUACAACAGAACGAAAUUCCAACGGCAUAAGAUGUUUCCACAUAUAAAAGGUCUGCUGCAGAGACAGCAGCACGUAGCGGUCGCCACUCAUAACACUCAGUUUGCAGCAACCAAGACAACAGCUGCUGUGCAAGAGACAGCCACCAGUGCCCCAAAAGCAGAAGGAGCAUUCACUUCAGGCCGUGUGGGUAACUACCGUAAAUUGGACAACUUGGAGAAAAGGUUUCUAGUCUGGACAGGAAAAUACAAAUCAAUAGCAGAUGUUCCUGAUAGCGUAUCGAUGGAUGUGAUUGAGAGAGCCAGAAACAGGAUUCGCAUCCGUGCAGCCAAUUACAUGAUUGGACUGACAGUUCUUGGUUGUGUGAUAUUCGCCUUUUCUGGCAAGGAGGCUGCAAAGAGAGGUGAAUCCGUGAAGAAAAUGAAUUUGGAUUGGCACAAAAAAGUAAACGAAGAAGAGAAGACUGCUAAGUGAGGCUAUUCCCCUCAGUCCUAAUAAAUCUGUUAUUGGUCUCGAAUUGGAGAUCAUGUUUUUUAAUUUCAGCAGAACGUUGCUGUGAGCAGUAGUCAUAAAGAUUUUUUUUUUUUUAAAUUUCUGUAUCUAUUAGAAUUGUUUGGAAACUGUGAUCUGCUUAAAAAUUGUAUUAAUAUUAUUAGCUGUGUGUUUGCAUGCUACUCUCUUUAGUAUAAAUUUGUAGCAGAGUCUACUCUGAUACAGGUAGCAUGAUGUCGUUGCCACAUAGAUGUGCCUGUAGAAGCAUGCCACAGGUAAAACAAGAGUUUAUACAACUACUAGCAAAGCUUCUACAUAAAACUGAGAUUGCAAUAUGUGUAAUGCCAUACUGAACUUCUUUAAAAAUUGUACAGCACUACAAGAACUGUCAGUGUACGAGAAAACAUUUAAAAAAAGAAAAGGGGAUACCUUGCUUUUUUAAAAAUAUAACUAGCUACUUAUUUAAUGUGAAAGUGCUGAAAAAUAUUCCCUCUCCUUUUCUUUUUAAUAAUUUUUUUGCAGAUAUAUACUUUCAGCCGAAUACUCGAACAGCAUAAACUUCUCUAUGUUAAAAGUAUGGUCUUCAUGCAGAAACAUUGCAUGUACUGAUACCAGUAUUGUGUGUAGACGUUUACCAAACCAGUGUCUGAGUCUCGUUCUCUGAAAAAAAAAAUUCAGGUUAAAUGAUUGAGGCAACAUGAAUCUGUGGAUGGUAUGAUUGAUAUGGAAUGUUUUAAGUGUUUAAUAUGGAUGUGUGCUGGCACGGAAUUCAGUGGUGGACAAUUUCCGGCGUGUUAAUUUAAUAGUAAUAUUAUUUUCGAUCACUUGAUUAUAUGAACAAAGUUGGUCCUAAUUUAUAAACUGUGGUUUUAAAUAAAGUGUGUGAUUUUCAUAAAAAA